GAGACAUCUUUGACACCUCAUACAAUUAAUUUGGCAGUGUGCAAACAAGGAACCUUUGGUUCCCUGCUGUUUAGGUAUACACCUUUUCAGUGUUACUUACCCUUUAAUGUUAAUGCUCUCCUGUUCAGUCUUCUGUAUUCCCUGGAUUCAAAAGAACUGAGGUCACGGAGCUACCCGGACAAUUGGAGCCUGUCCAAGUCCUAAACCAUGUUGCAGAGAACCAGAACUUUAAAAGUGCAACUUCAAAGUCAUUUAAAAAACUCUUUUUGUCAGACGCCUCUGUUGCUGUUCUUGAAGAUUCCUUCUGGUGGUUUUUCCUAGAAAGAUUUAAGCCUUGCCAUGAAGAACAAGAACAGCUUUUCAACAGGAUCUCAGACAACUUUGUGACCCUUUUCCAAAGUGCUCCUCUGGACAUGAAAGACUUGUUUUUCACGCUAUAUCCAAGCUGUUUGUCGCAAUCCAUAUACGCUGUAUUUUAUGAAGCAUUUCCAGAGUCUCGGUUGGUUUUUAAUGAAGAGUUUAAAAGUGAAAUUGUGGACUUAUUUUUCCAGUGGGUGUCUGGUAUUAAACCCAUGCCAUAUUCCUGGGCUAAAUGGGAUUUAAACUGGCUGGAGAAAACCAAUCCAUUUACUGUCAAAAACCACAAGAAAACACCCUUUAUGGAUAUCGCGCAAACAAAUCUCUUGACAGAUGAAAGAAAGAAGUUGGACUUUAACUUAGAUGACUUAAUUCAAGAGGCCAGAGGGGCAACAAUUCCCAGGGAGGUAGAAGAAAAUGGGCCCGUAACAGAGUCUCACUGCAUUGGUCCUGGGCCAGAAUUCUGUGACGUGCUUUUCGAUCUUGGGGGUCAUAGUCCACUUGUAUCAAACUAUCUCAAGAUGCAUAAAUUAACAACUUACGUACCAGGAGGCAAAAGACAUAAACUGAAGCACACAGAGAUUCGAAAAUUACCAUAUCCUUUAAUAUUUUAUUGCACACAGCCAUUUACACAAAUAUCAGUUAAAACAUUUAGUAUUGCUAUUUCCAUGAGUAUUGAAGAGGACUGUAUUGCUUACAAGGGAUACUCUAUUAUUGCUAUCUAA